AUGUUGGCCCCUUUCCGUGGGGUCAGCCACACCAACAAGAGAACCCGUCCUCCUCUCCCACCAACUACAUACCGUGUACUUGGUAUCGAAAGCUACAAUAAGACCCACACGGCUUGCGCCUGCAACGACUUCCAUUGCUUCCACCUAGCAGCCAACAUUGCGCCUCGUCCACGCAUCUCCCCAAUUUACAAGCAAUCCACCGAGCCAUUGACCCAAGAUGAAGAAGGCGCUUCUACGGCGCAACCGAACAAUACCUCCUCAGACAAUCUCCCAGCGAUCGACUCCGAGCAAGAGACCGACCUGCGCUUCCAGGAAAUCGAAGACUGGCUCCGUGAGCAUGGUGCCGUCUUCCGCAACCAUGCCGGCCAAGGCGUAACGCUGGACGACCUGGACUGGGACAUUCGUGCCGGGGUAGUUGAGUUCUUCACGCGGCAUCUGGCGAGCCAGGCGGAGGGGUGUGGGCUCCAUACUGUGAAGCUGAAGUGGGUCCAGGGAGUACUGGGGCCUUUUGAAGCUCGAUUCCACAGCGAGUUCCAGAGCGAGAGGAGAGACUCGGUGGUCGAAGCGGAGUCUGAAAAUGAGGAGGUCCAGAAAGCGAGAAAGAGGACGGAGAAAGGAGAUGAUCUGCUAGUCUUACCUACCGUUGGUUUUGGAGAAGAUGCAAACCAACUAGAAGGCGAGACAGCUCCGGAAGGAGAAACCGAAGCAAGACCAGCAAACCCGAUCUCCACACUGGAGCAAGCGACAUCCGCCAUGCCAGAGCAACCGGAGAGCUUACAAGUCUUCGGAAUCGAGCGUGUGCUCGUCCGCACGCUGCCGGGAAUCGAGAAGUUCCUGCACCCCUCGAAGCUUCGAACCAAGACGCUCUCAGCGCUGCGCUACAAGGAGGCCUUGCGGAGCAGAACCCGGCCAACCCGCCAGAAUCGAGAGUUCACGCCUGUGGGCCAUGUGAGGAUGUACAACUCUGCACACUAUCCCCUCGAGAUCUGGGUAGAGGACCGGCUGGUGGGAUCAGGGAGCAAGGUCGGCGCGGCGGUGAGAAGGCGAUCGGCGGCGAGCGAGGUUGUAUGGGAUCCAGAGGGCGUGAUGUGGAAACCGAGGAGGCAAUCCGACGCCGGCCAAGUGAAACAGACGCUGAGUGAGGUGUUUAUCACAGGGACUGGAGGUGCCGUGCAGCGCGCUUAG